AUGCUGUGUGCUUGUUCUGGAGAGCAAUUCAAAUUCGAAGAGCCAGAGCCACCUCACUCGCCGGAGUCACUUGCCACGAGGGACUUUUCGGCCAGUGGUCUUUCGUCGAGGACCGGAGACUGGGAGUCAAAAUUUGAAGACAUCCAAGUAGAUGAAGCUGAAUCCACUCUAAAAGAAGCUCUAUCUUUGAACUAUGAGGAAGCCAGGGCCUUGCUGGGGAGGCUUGAAUUCCAAAGAGGGAAUUUUGAUGCUGCCCUUCAGGUGUUUCAAGGUAUUGACAUUAGAAGUUUAACUCCAAGGAUGGCCAAGGCCAUUGUUGAGAGAAUUAGGCAGAAAAAACCACGUCCUAAAGGCGAUCAUGUGCUUCCCAGUGUCAUGUCUAUGCACUCUGUGAGCCUACUUAUUGAAGCUAUAUUGCUUAAGGCAAGAUCACUGGGGGAACUUGGAAGAUUUAUAGAGGCUGCAAAGGAGUGCAAAGUUAUUCUUGAUACAGUUGAGUCGGCACUACCUAAUGGAAUGCUUGAUGACAUCUGUGAGGACUGCAAAUUGCAGGACAUGUUUCACAGAGCACUGGAGUUGCUCCCCAGUUUAUGGACAAAGGCAGGCUAUCUUGACGAAGCUAUUACUGCAUAUCGCCGGGCUCUAGUCAAGCCAUGGAAUUUGGAACCUAAGAGGCUGGCUGAUGUUCAGAAAAACUUAGCUUGCACGUUACUCUAUGGUGGUGUUGAAGCAAGCCUUCCUCCUCAGUUACAAAUAUGGGGCACAACUAUGCCCAAAAAUAAUACAGAAGAAGCAAUUUUGUUGUUGUUAAUACUUAUGAAAAAGGUGGCAUUGCGCGAGAUAAAGUGGGAUCCAGAAAUUAUGGAUCAUCUGACUUAUGCACUUUCUGUUACCGGAUUGUUUGAAUUAUUAGCAAAUCAUGUGGAGCAAGCACUUCCGGGAUUAUAUAGACGAGCUGAGAGAUGGUACUUUCUUGCUCUUUGUUAUAGUGCCUGUGGACAAAAUGAAGUAGCUUUGAACCUUUUGAAAAAGGUUGCAGGCUGUUCCGAAGCAAAGAACAAGCCCCACUUCCCCUCUUUUCUCUUGGGAGCAAAAUUGUGUUCCCAAGAUCCAACUCAUGCUCGUGAAGGGAUUGCAUUUUCGCGUAAAGCCAUUGACUUGGUAAAUUAUCAAUGUGAGCAUUUCAUGGGUCAAGUUCAUAAAUUUCUUGGUGUUUGCUAUGGCGGUGCAGCAAGAGCUUCUGUAUUGGAUUCUGAAAGAAUGUUUUUUCAAAAGGAGUCUCUGAACUCUCUAAACCAUGCUGUUCGUAAUAAGGAGGAGGAUCCUGAGGUCAUGUUUAGUCUUGGCCUGGAAAAUGCAGUGCAGAGGAAUCUGGAUGCAGCUUUCAAUAAUGCAAUGAAGUACUCCGAUAUGAUGGCUGGCAGCUCAGGACAAGGUUGGAAGUUAUUAGCCCUUGUAGUUUCUGCAGAGCAGCGCUUCAAGGACGCUGAAACCAUAGUUGAUUUUGCUUUGGACGAAGCUGGAAGAGUGGAUCAGUUAGAACUGCUCAGAUUGAAGGCUGUGCUACAAGUUGCUCAGGAAAAUCCCAAGCAAGCAAUAGAAACCUAUAGAAUAUUGCUAACUCUUGUUCAAGCACAGAGGGAUCUACAAGCUAAAAACUCUGAGCGAGAGCCACCCUUCCAUUCUGAGGCAUUUGUGGAAAGUAAUUUGGAGAAGGAAGCCUGGCGGGACUUGGCAACCAUUUAUACCAAACUUGGUUUGUGGACUGAUGCAGAAAUAUGUGUCAACAAAGCCAAGUUGAUUGAAUUUUAUUCUGCCCAUAGUUGGCAUACCACAGGUGUGUUGUUUGAAGCUCAAUCACAAUACAGGGAAGCCCUAAUUUCAUUCUCAGUCUCAUUGUCAAUAGAGCCAGAUUAUGUUCCAAGCAUUGUUUCUACUGCAGAAGUAUUGAUGAAACUUGGUAGCCAAUCGCUCCUAAUAGCUAGAAGCUUUUUAAUGAAUGCGCUAAGAUUAGAACCGACGAACCACGAGGCAUGGUUGAACCUGGGAUUGAUUUCGAAAAGGGAAGGCUCCUUACAACAAGCAGCAGACUUUUUUCAAGCUGCACAUGAGCUUCAGCUGUCAGCUCCAGUUAAAAGUUUUGUGUAA